AUGAAGGCAGAACUCCCCUCUUUGGACACGAUCUUGGAUUCCGCGACCUGCGCGCAAAAGGGAUUAUGCCCGGUUGGUAACGGUCGCACUAGAAAGCCCCGACAGCUUUACUACGAAGUUCAUGGGGACUUGAGAGCUACUCAAAAGAUGAUCUUAAUCAUGGGUCUCAACUUUACCUGUUCUGCCUGGUCAGAACAAGUGCGCCAUUUUGGAAGAAAACCUGAUCACGCUGUUUUGGUUUAUGACAAUCGAGGGGUAGGAAAUAGCGACUGUGGAGCAAUCGAGCCUUACAAAACCUCUGAAAUGGCCAAGGAUGCUUUAGACCUCUUGAAUUUUCUACAUUGGGAUCAAGAUCGUUCAAUCCACGUUUUCGGCGUCUCCUUGGGUGGAAUGAUUUCGCAGGAACUGGUAAGUGUCCUUGCAUGUCGUAUGUGGAGCUGGAACUUAUUUCCUCGAUUCACCCUUCAAGUCUCUCCUGAUCCCCUCACGCAUCAAAUCGCUGACAUUGAUAAGUACACGGUCCGGAAAUGCAUUUGA